CGAAAAUGGCAGUGGUUGACGAUGUGGUUGUGCAUGAUGUCCUCAAAAUGGAACGUAUUGGUGCGCAUUCGCAUAUUCGUGGUCUCGGGCUAUCGUCAACUCUGGAACCGGAACGUGUCUCCGAAGGAAUGGUCGGACAAAUGGAGGCGAGACGAGCCGCUGGUUUGAUCGAUGGGAAAAUCUCAGGACGAGCGGUACUGUUGACGGGUGAACCAGGCACUGGGAAAACAGCGAUUGCAAUGGGCAUCUCGCGCGCUCUCGGCGAAGACACACCAUUCGUCUCGAUCACUGCCUCAGAGGUUUUUUCCAUGGAAAUGAAUAAAACUGAAGCAUUGAUGCAAGCAAUUCGAAAAGCCAUAGGCGUUCGAAUCAAAGAAGAAACGGAGGUUUUAGAAGGUGAAGUUUUAAGCAUAGAAAUCGAUCGACCGGCCACUGGUGGAGGUGCCAAAGUUGGAAAGCUUACUUUGAAAACCACUGACAUGGAAACGAUCUACGAUUUGGGCACCAAAAUGAUUGAUGCCUGUAUCAAGCAACAGCUAUCGACUGGCGAUGUUGUUGAGAUUGACAAAGCUUCUGGCCGAAUAACGAAAAUUGGCCGAGCUUUUGCGCAUAAUUAUGAUUUUGAUGCGAUGGGUCCACAGACAAAAUUUGUGAAAUGUCCCGAAGGCGAAAUCCAAAAACGAAAGGAGAAAAUUCACACGGUGGCCUUGCAUGAAAUUGAUGUGAUCAAUUCGCGAACUCAGGGCUUCUUGGCACUGUUUUCCGGUGAUACUGGAGAGAUCAAAAAUGAAGUCAGGGAACAAAUCAACAGGAAGGUAGUAGAAUGGCGAGAAGAAAAUAAAGCGGAUGUUGUGCCAGGUGUCCUGUUUAUCGAUGAGGCUCACAUGUUGGAUCUGGAGUGUUUCUCGUUUUUGAAUCGAGCGGUUGAGGCUGAUCUUUCG